AUGCCAGGCUCGAACGUACCAUCGGAGCGAACUCCUCUCGUGUCAUCAAACUUGUCAAGAGGCACAUAUGCACCAGCUGGGCCGACCGACACUCGAGGUCCAUGCCCACUGGUCAAUUGCCUUGCGAACCAUGGCUACAUCAACCGUACAGGUCGAGAUAUUCGUGCCAGCGACCUCAACACAGCCAUGAAUGUUGUCGGCCUUUCCGCAGCUUUGGGAGCCGUUUUUGCCUUUCCAAUUUACAACGAGAGGCUGGAUCGUAAUGUGGCCAAACUGGACAGAAGACGAGGCUUCCUGGCACGUUUGUGGUAUCUUCUCCGUAAUCCGUGGUCCAUCAUGUCCAAUUUUGGCCUCCGCAGACGCAAGCAAGUCGAUGGCCAAGGCACCAAAGUUCUCAAUCUCGAUCAGCUGGCCACACCUGGCAUUAUCGAACACGAUGUCUCGCUGACGAGACGUGACCACACACAGAAGCCUGGCAACAUUGCUCCUCAGUCAGAACUUGUGGAAGACCUUCUAGCCUCUUCGAGCGAUGGUAAGACCAUCACUAUGGCAGAUCUAGCUGCUCUGAGGAAGCGGAGAAUACAACGACAACUGGACGAGAAUCCAGAUCUUCAAUAUGGGGCCCUAGCACACCAAAUUGCUUGCACAGAAAUAGCGCUGAUACUGGACGUCUUCGGCAACGGCAGUAGCGUUCCGUGUGACUAUGCUCGUGCAGUCUUUAAGGAAGAGAGACUUCCUGUUCGAGAGGGAUGGACAAGACGAUAUUGGUGGACUCUGGGAUUUUAUGAGCUUGUAGGUACCAUGAACAAGGUGAAGUCGCUCGUCGGCUUGCAGGUUUAA